UGGGUGACGUCUUGGGGCUGCAAGUGUUGUUGCACAGCUGCUACCAUUUAAUAAGCUAAUUAUUGAUCUGUAAGUGGUGUCACUGCAUUGUUUGUGAGGGAAAACGUGCAUGUGAAGUUGUUUUACAGAAAGGCUCGCUAACAUUUGCAGUGUGGAUCCAUCUGGAUGUUGAGUGCGCGGGCUCUGUUUGGGAUCGGCUUCCUGGUGACCUCAAGGGCCACGGCAGUCCUCGCUCAGACAGGGACAUGCCCGCUGUAUGCUGCAGCUAACAACCACAAGAAGGACUGUUUCAGUAGCAGACCAGCUUCCACCAUGGCCCAGACCAUCAAGUAUCUCGGGCAGGAGGAGGCGCAGCACAUUGACGAGGAACUCUUCAGUGAGUACGGCUUCAGCGUGGAUCAGCUGAUGGAGCUGGCUGGACUCAGCUGUGCCACAGCCAUCUCCAGGGCAUAUCCUAUUACUUCCCUGGUGAAGGCCAGACCUUCUCUGCUGGUGAUUUGUGGACCAGGUAACAAUGGAGGCGACGGCCUGGUCUGUGCCCGACAUCUUAAACUCUUUGGUUACGAGCCCACCAUCCUGUAUCCGAAGAGGCCAAACAAGCCUCUGUUCCAGGGCCUGACCACACAGUGCCAGAAAAUGGAGAUCCCUUUCUUGACUGAGAUGCCUGAGGCUGGAGUGAUUGAUGAGGCUUACAACCUGGUGAUAGAUGCCAUCUUCGGCUUCAGCUUUAAGGGGGCUGUGCGAGAGCCUUUUGGUUCCAUCCUAGACGUGUUGAAGAAGACGACAGCCCCCGUAGCCAGCAUUGACAUCCCCUCAGGUUGGGAUGUGGAGCAGGGCAGUGCAGAUGGACUGCAGCCCGACAUGCUCAUCUCUCUCACCGCUCCUAAGAAGUCUGCCUCCUUGUUCAGAGGACGAUACCACUUCCUGGGAGGCCGGUUUGUGCCACCGGGUCUAGAGAGGAAGUACCAGCUGAACCUGCCUCAGUAUCCUGGCACAGACUGCGUGUUACAACUGUAGAGGAUGUACUGAAGGUUUGAUGAGAGGAUGGGUGUCCUCUUUAAAGGAAUAGUUAAACAUUUUGGGAAAUAAUUCUCACCCACUUUUUUCCAAGAGUCAGAUCAUUAAGAUUAAUUUAUGUUUGUGUCAUAAUUACAGAGCUGGAGUCUGGAGGUAAUAGCCUAGCUUAGCAUAAGGACUGGAAACAAAGGAAACAGCUAGCCUGGCACUUCUAAAUCUCAAUCUAGACAGUUUUCUUGCUUUAACUAAAUGUUUAUUGCACACUGUAAGAGCUAUAGAAUAAUGACACGAUCUAUGCUUAGCUUGGUUUCCCAUAAGCCUUGCUGCCACCAGAUACGAUCUCCCGGGAAAAAGAAGCCUCCAUUUCCAGCACAAAGGAAGUGGGUCAACCACUGUGCAACCAAAACAGGAAGAGGAUAGUGCUUUUGUUUUCCCCUGUAGAUCUCAGUUAUUUAAGUUACUUGCAGUUACUAUCCCUAGUAGCCUGAAAAUAGCAGACAGUGGAACAAUAGAAGUCACUGUGGAAAAACAAAUUGCAGUGUGUCCUGUAUUGUUAGUAGUGUUUAGGCUUUGAGGAAAACAGAAAGUUCACUUCAGUUGUCUUUGCAACAGCAGUGCCAACAACAAAAUAAUAAACAGACAGGAAUGUGAAAUUGACAGUUUGCAGUUGUACAGGAUGUUAUGUGCUGUAAGAAUUUUGAUGUCCUGACUCCAACUGUACUUAACACACAGACUUGAGAGAGGUUUCAGCCCUCAAAUCUAAAGGCCUAGAUACACCAAACCAACAUCAAAGAACUAGUGGUGACUAAGGCUGACUGUUGCAUCAUCUCACACUGCCUGUGUCUCAACCAAAAAGUUGCACCUGAACACAUUGCAAAGACGACAGCCAACGACCAACUAGCACUGAUGUUCUGUGCCUGUGUGAGAGGAAACAUCUCUCCAUACAGUUUCUGCUAAAGAGCUCAAUGGCUAAAAAAUGAGUCUCACCUAAUGUAACAAGUUUGUUUCGAUCUAACGCCCUCUUGACCUAAGCCGUAUGUUUGCCCUGACUUGAACUGCCAAUUAGAGUCACUUCAUUCACUGACGAGCUUUGCUGGCUCCCACGCAGAUUCAACAUGCUGAAUUGUCCAAAAAGGGCCAACACGUCACAAAAACUAGUUUGACAGAUUGUCAUUGAUGGCCCAGCAUUCACCAAUGGGCGACUGACGGCUUGGUGUGUCAGGGCCCUAACCUUUACAGAGAAAUAAAAUCAGUGUUUUUUCCCUAAAGGUUGAACUAUUCCUUUUAAUCUGGGAAUGUCAUUGGUUCCCAUCGAGUGGAUGGUGGUGACUGUUCAUCCAAUAAGGUGUUAUAAUUAUUAGCUCUCUGGACGAUUUUGUUUUCAUGUUGAAGCACAAAGCUUUAAGGUGGUGGUUGCUUCAGCUACAUGAAAAUAAUAAUAAAAAAAGAUCGACUGUU